AUGGCAGAUCGCAGGCUGGGGCUGCCUAACCUAGCCCUGCAGCUGGUGGGGAUCUUACCGGAGGUCCAGAGGCCAAGCAGCACGGUCCCUCACCGGCAGAAGGUGGCUUACACGGCCGCUUCCCUCCUCAUCUACCUUGUCGGCAGCCAACUGCCUGUGUAUGGGUAUGGAGUCCGCUCUCCAUCGGCUGUUGAUUCUCAAUACUGGGUUCACAUGUCCGACUGCAACUCCGUCAUGUCCGCCGGGAUCAUGCCCCUCGUUCUGUCCGAGAUGUUGCUUCAUUUGCUGCUGCGGUAUAAGGUUCUUAGGGUGAACAGUCAUGGGGACCGGAUGCUCCUGAAUCGGGUGCAAAAGUUGCUUGCGGUAGUUUGUGCCGCUUAUUUCUCAAUCUGCAUGGUGCUAAUGUCAACUAUCUUGGGCAAACUGACCUUAGGGCAGUCAAUUCUGAUCGUGCUUCAGCAUUUCUUUGGAAGUGUCAUAGUCAUUUAUAUUGAUGAUCUCCUUAAAAAGGGAUAUGGGUUUCUUUCGAGUAUCCCCUUGUUCAGUGCCACCGACAUUUGUAAUGGUUUACUGAUUUCGUGA